GAAGGAAAAGAAAAGGAGGAGGAGAGAGAGAGAGAGAGGGUGACCAAACGGAGGGAGGAGGGAGGGGGAAACGGCGUAUGCUUGUAUACAACCCCUGAUUUCCAUUUUUUUUCCCAACUCGUAAUGUAUUUAAUUCAAGUGAAACGUAAUCAUGACGUGUCGUGUCAUUAAUCUCCUCGCCGCCUCUCCCAAAAUUAAAGGAGAAGGCUGCCACAGAAGUGUGUCCCCCGUCAGCCAAGACACUAAAGAAUGGCAUAACAUCACACACACUUCUGAGGAUGGAUUCUCCGCCGGAGUGUGUGUUGUCUCUUUCUUGUGAGCAUCCCCAGUCUCCCCCAACGCUGCCAUCCCUGGACCACAGCCCCCAGGCGUCGUCACCUCACACACAACUCUCUCUACCUGACAGCCCCAUUGUCCUGCCCAUUCACAGCCCCGCACUGUCCCCUCGGAGCCUGGACGCCACGCCUUAUUUCCCCCUCUCUCCCUUCCCCCUCCACGAGGACAAUAACAACAAUCACCACGGUGUUGACGAAGAGGAUGACGAGGACGGAGUUCCACCGUCCCCGACCCCGGCAGUGGCCCUGUUCCCGGGAGCAGGGGGACAGGAAACCGGAUGCGGCCCUUGUUUGGACUCCUCUCCACCAGCCACACCGUUGGCGCCACUGCUCGGGUUCGGAGCCCUGGAGCUGGCCCUCUCAUCCGGGCAGAGUGGCAGCUGCAACGAUGAGCUAGACCUACAGCUGUUCCAGAAAGAUACUGUUACCAGGGCGAUACCUGGAGUGGGAGGGGCUUCACCAGGGCCUGCGCUCAGGUUCCCCUGUCAUGUGUGCGGAAAGAGAUUCAGAUUCCAAAGCAUUUUGUCUCUUCAUGCCCGAGCUCACAGUCUGGACCGAGACCGCCGAGCUUCAGCCCUAUACCGGACUGGACUCCCUUCAGCUCCCCUAAAGCAGCACCUCAAAAUCCAACAGAACCACAAAGACUUAGUCCAGAAUCACCGAGGUCACCCAAACCAGCGUAUACUGCCAGGGACACUUAUCCAGCAUCUUACAGAAGAAGAGGAUGUUAAUAGUGAGGUCAAAGGUCUAGAUGAUAGCCUACAGACAGACAAGAACCCAAUCUUCUUGCUGGAUGACAGCACACCAUUGACCCCUCCACUUACAGAGGAUCCUGUAUCCGUGACGCCUCCCUAUUCUUCUACCAUCGGGGAGGGUGUGACUACUCCGAUAGCGCCUACGUUUCGCUGCCAUGCCUGCAAAGGAAAAUUCCGCACGGCUUCGGAGUUGGCGCGCCAUGUCCGCAUUCUCCACAAUCCGUAUAAAUGCACUCUUUGUCCUUUCUCCGCCAGCCAAGAAGAGAGCCUUGCAUCUCACUUGCAGGAGUUCCACCCUUCCCCGGAGGUACCUGCUCUGCCACCAGUGUUCAAUUCCAGGCCGGUCAUUGCGACCCCUGAUACUCCUGUGCCCACCCCGACCCAUACCCCAGCCCCGGCCCCAAGUACCCCGCAGGUGACGGCAGCAGCAACAGCGUCUGCGUCCCCACCAUUGCCAGCAUUUCGCUGUGAUAUUUGUGGACAGCGGUUUACCCAAUCUUGGUUCCUGAAGGGACACAUGCGAAAGCACAAGGACUCUUUGGACCACAAGUGCCAGGUGUGCGGCCGUGGCUUCAAAGAGCCUUGGUUCCUCAAAAACCACAUGAAAGUACAUCUCAACAAGCUUGGCCUGAAAGCCGGGCUGGGAACCCUUGGGGGACCAGGAGGUUCAGAGCAGCAAGGCAAAGGCGCUGCUAGUAAUCAGUCUCUCAAUGCCCUCUAUUCAAGCCUCCUUUUGGCCCAGCAAAGAGGUGGUAGAGGUGGACAAGGAAGAUCAGAUAGGGAAUCAGGUGGCAGAAUGGGGAUGGGCUCAAGCAAGUCAGCCAUCCUGGGCUACCUGGGGUUGCCCAGUGAUGGCAGUGGGGCUAGCUGCAUGGAGAGACUUCAAGCAGUGGCUCAGGUGGCAGAGAUGGGAAAUGGUGGUGGUGGCUUUGGCGGCUCAGGAGUAGGGGACCCAGGAAGAGGAGGGGGAGCAACUAGAGGAGGGGGCACAGGUGAAACUACUGCAUCAAUUCCAGAAGGAGGUGACCAGGCAACUUGGUGGCAGCUGGUUGCUCGCAGCCUGGCAGUAGCUCAGCAGCAGCAGCAGCAGCAGCAGCAACAGCAGCAACAGCAGCAGCAACAGCAGCAGCAACAGCAACAGCAGCAGCAGCAGCAGCAGCAGCAGCAGAGGCCCCAACAGCGAGGCCAGCAGCAAAGCCAGCGAGGCCCAGCGAGGAGCUCCGUGAUCACAGAGGCCGACCAAGUCAGGGCCUACCUCGGAGGCCUGGAUCCAAGAGAAGAGUCCGGCGGAGCAGGAGGGCCGUGGGAAUGCCCGGACUGUGGAAAGCUAUUCCGCAGCUUGCAGCAGGUGGUGGUCCAUGCUCGCGUUCACACUCAGAGGCCCCCGAAAGGAGGUGGCGGCGAAGAGGAAGGGAGCGGCAGCCGUAGAAGGGGGGGCUCCGGAAGAGGAGGCAGCGGCGGUGGUGAAGUGAGACCGGACUCUCAGCUUCACGGUGGCGAAUCCCAACAAGCGGGAGAAGUGAGACCGGAAUCCAAACUGCACAGUGGUGGAUCACAACCAGCAGGGGCAGCUGCCGGGUUUCACUCCGUCAUCUCGAGCUUCAAAGGAGAAAAUGGCUUGACAGCAGUCUCCUCCAUACCGUCAGUUCCCACCAGGGAGCGAGUGCGUGGUAGAGGGAUAAAAGACUGCCCCUACUGUGGUAAAGCCUUCCGCUCUUCACACCAUCUCAAAGUGCACCUGAGAGUUCACACAGGUGAGAGACCCUACAAAUGUCCCCACUGUGACUAUGCGGGUACCCAGUCGGGCUCGCUGAAGUACCACCUCCAGCGGCACCACAGGGAGCAACGCAACGCCUUGUCAGCCUCCUCCAAUUCCUCCUCCAGUGGUCUCACCUCCACGAUCAACAGUCUGACCUCUGCAACCUCCGGACUGGCCAAGCAGCGCCGGUCCCAGCCAAACCACUGCCCUGUCAACCGAGGCCCAACCGACACCCCCGCCUCUCGGCCCAGCCAGCAGUCCUGGCUCCUGGGGCUCCCGGACCAGCGGGACCAUCGUAAGACCUUGGCGGCUCUGAGGGAUGUCGACUUGGAGACCCAGUACCGAUAUCUGUCCGGGGUGAUGGGGGCCCUUUACCAAGGUGGGAUGGAAGGAGGCUGGAUCAGGGAGUCUCCCCCACCCAAGGCUCCUAAAGUGUCCCGCCGUAAGCCCCUUACCACCAGCCGGAUGGUUCAGCCACCGAAUGACAAGGAAGGGCCCGCGCCUUCAACUCACGAGGUGGGUUUUGAACCCCUGGAUCUGUCUCGCCGCCCCUCACCUGGCCUCGGAAGCAUGGAGGAGGAUGGAGGCAUGAGCUUAGGGGAGGGAGGAGGCGUUGGCGGUGGGGACGGUGUCGGGGAUAGUUCAUUAGAGGUCAAACUGAGCCAGUGUUUGUUCUGCCCGUUCCGUACGUCCUCAGCAGAGCUGAUGGCCAUGCACCUCCAGGUCAACCACACCAGUAAGUCCAGGCGCAAGAGAGCCCCUUCUACCCCCUUGGAUGAUGAGGGAGCCCCAAGGGCCGCCAAGCCCCGGACGGAUCACUCUGAUCUCGACUCUCUGACAAUAUGGAGGCAUGUGACCGAGUCCCAGGCACCCCUGGGGGAAUGGUCCUCAAAGCAGGCCAAGACCCUGAACGGGCUCUCCGAGGAUACACGGGACCAUCUGGACGACAUCCUCGACCACCCCGACAAGGCUUCAGCGUCCAAGAACGUCAGAGGUGGUCUGGCACUCGAGGGAAAGAUGGAGGGGGAUGAGGAGGAGCUGGAGGAGGAAUUGGAAGAGAUCUUGGAGAACAGCAGCCUGGAGGAUUCAGAGGACCAGGAUCUGAGGAUGUCCCUCGCUCUUUCACCAGCCCUGAGCGCCAACCACAUGGCGGGAGAGGAAGAAAGGGUCUUCACAGAUUAAAAUGCUUUGUUCGGGAUGACGCCGUUCAAGUCGGGAGGCUCGGGUUCAAUGUUUUCAACUGCAUUCAACACAGAAUUGAAGAAACGGACAAAGGGUUCUUGACUCCAGGGGUUUUGGAAAAGAGCAAGAGAAACAUCACAGCUGUUACUUUCCUUCCGACAUCAUUCGUCUACUUCGGUUUCCGCCGGCGUGGUCAUCCGCAAAAAUGAACUUCCCGUACAAGAGAGCAUCUUUUCAGGAUUCUGUAGGCCACUUUGUCCUUUUCUUUUUUUUUCAAGCUUCACUCCAAGAGGAUUUUAAAGGUGAUCUCCUACGUGAUGAAUGAAAGGAACGCGUAUACGACCUCUUGAGGCAUCAUUCCACGCGCGCUUUCACUAACGGACUGUUAUUUCCAGACUCCCAUACUGACGAGGCCGAAGAGAUGCUCUCCCGACAGACCACAGGAACGGUUUGAAACCUCCGACUUCCAAGUUCCUCCUCCACCCGCGCAAAGGUGGAGGGAACGUUGAGUCGAGAACGGUUUCGAGCCGCGAACCUCCAGCUAUUUGGUAUUCAUUUUAAGGCGCGAGGUCGCCGUUGCUCUUCCCCUCGACUGUAUAGCACUGCCUUGUUUGUCUGAAAAGUGUUUCUACGCGAUUGUCCUCAAGAAAAAACAGAAAGAAACGUUCGUAACAUUUUAUUUUUGUUAUUUUUAUUUUCAGUUAGUGCCUGUUCACGUGCGUCGUUCGAGAGAGAGUCUCCGGUGCUCCCGCACAUAGAGGCCCGCGAUAGGUCGUUUCAUUUGAUCUGAAUAUAUAGUUUUAAAACAAUUUAAGUACAGUAUAUUUGUUCAAAGUGGUUCUAGGGUGUUGUGAAUAGUUAAGUUGUAAAAGAAAUGCGAUGUCGUAGCUCGACGCGAGGCGGCGGAUCGUUUUGUGGCUCGGCUCAAGAAAAGAAAACGACGACAAAAAACUAAACAAAUCGGUGAUAUCGAUGAUGCGAUGAAAUGGGUCAAAAAGGAUGAGCGAUAUACACGAAGGGGUCAAAGUUAAAAAAAAGAAUUCUGUGUUUACAAUGGCGCCGAAUGUGGUUUGGGGUUGCCGAGGCAACGUAGACCGCGUAGGGGGAAAAAGAACAAAAACUCAAGAGCUGGAGUCUGUUCCAGGGCCGUAGGGGCGUGGCCCCGAGCCCCUUUGGACACAAUCAACUGACACGCCCCUUUUUAAAGAGACAGAGACUUGGCAACUGUGUCGUCGUCGUCGUCGUCCCCCCCCC